AGAAUCUUGCAUAUCUUUUGACAUGGAUUGAACAUGUGGCAUUAAUUUUUAAGGAACUCCUUGAGCAGCGGCAAAUACAAAGAAGGCAUUACGAGCAAUAAUGUCCCUAUCAGCAAGUAGCAGAUGGCUAUGAAAUCCCCUGUUUUUUCUUAUCUUUUUGUGGAGAUAAUGCCUUGUUAGAUUUCUUAAGUACAAUUAUUUUCCUUAAGAGAUUGGUCUAAAAUAGUUGGAAAUGUUCCUCUCCUUAUUGCAUUCGCUUCAAUUUAUUUAUUCUUAUUCAGGUUUUCAGAAGGAACCCAAGUGGCGUCACCUCAGGGACUUGCACUCUGCUCUGAGACUUUGCGGGAAGGCUUUGCUCUGGGUGCUUCCCACUGUUUACACAAUGGGGAAGGACAUAGAGGUAACUUCACAACACAAUGCAAGGGGCUAUCAUCUAGUGAAGGAAUCUCACAAGGAUAAGGAGUGGAAAAUGCAUCAAGAGAAGAUCCCAACAAUCAGCGACACUUACAUUAGAUCAAUGGCCCUAUUAGAACUCAUGAACUUGACUAAGGAUAGAACAGAUUACCUCUGGUAUAUUUUAAGAGCUUUGCUUAACGUUAGAUGUAUUUUGAAUAUCAUAUUUGUAUCUGGACUGAAUCUUGUCAGUACAAUGGAAGCUUUGCUCUUUCUUUUCUCCAUUUGGAAAUUGUAUCUGUAUUUGCAAAACUAUGUGUCUUGGAUCAGAGCAGUUUCAUGAUUAUCGCUUAUUUACUCCUGAAUUUGAGCUAAUCGUACAGUUUCUGUUAUCUAAGUAACCAAUGGGUUUCUGGUUGUUUCUUUUGCUUUGUUUCCUAGCUAUUUUGUAGC